UUUAGUUAGACAAGCCCAUGUGAAGAUGCCACAUGCCAUGUUUCCCAAUGUAUCAAACUGAUCUGAACCAAUUGGGACCAAUGAUACCUCUUCUACAAUAAAUUCAGACAAAUGCUACCUCUACAUAUAUCUCUCACCCAGCAACACCAUCCAUCCAUCAAACCUCAUCUCUUUCUCUUAAACAAUCUGUGAUUUCAAUCCCUCCAAAAGACAACCAUUCUUCUACUUGUCUGAGAUCAUGGGUUUCCGUUUGCCAGUUUUUGUUCAAGCCAAGCAGGUGAUUCGUCGAGCCUUGUCAACUCCGAUGUCCUCUGAUGUCCCCAAAGGAUAUCUCGCAGUAUAUGUCGGAGACACAGAGAGGAAGCGCUGCAUAGUCCCAGUUGCAUACUUGAAGCAUCCUUUUUUCCAGAGUUUGCUAAGCAAGGCAGAAGAAGAGUUUGGGUUUGAUCACCCAAUGGGUGGUCUUACAAUUCCCUGCACAGAAGAAGAUUUCAUUGAUAUCACCAGCGGCUUGAAAUGCCGAUGAACUACAAGGACAAGACAUAAAAUAGAGUUCUAAUCCAACUAACUGAAGACGUGAAUUUAACAGUUUUGUUUUGUCUCAGCCUCAAUUGUAUUUGAUGAUAUUGACAAUCAAAUACAUUGUACAU